AUUCCUUUGGAGAAGAUACCAAAGGUCAGAGGUUAUGACAAGAUUACAACAACCAAAGGUCAGACUUUAUGACAAGACACAGCUGACUAGUAUCGUGGAUCAUUACAGAUUGUAACCUAUAGCCAUGGCAACCCUCAUCAAUAAAAACACAGGGUCAGACAUUGAUGCCUCGUUUUCUUCCUCCUUCUGUACGGAGCUGGAUGAACAGAUGUUGGUUGCCAUGGAGACACUAGAGAGGCCUCAAAGGUCACAGAAAGCCAAUAAGAUCCGAGCUGGCCUGACAUCAACACCAGGAUGUGUGACCCCGUUACCAAGACGACAGUCCCAGCUGAUGAAGUCCCUGUUCACCCUCCAGAGUCCCCUAAAUGACAGCUUCCUCUCCCCCUUCCCGUCCCAGAACAAAUCCUCCAUAAAAGAAGAUGGAAGGGGUGUAGAGGAAGAGAAGAGUGUGAUUGAUCUUGAUGUGAUAGGUCAAAGGUCAAGGACAGAGGAAAAUACUUGUGACGUUAGUUCUGAAACACAGGAAAGGGUUGCUGAAAAUCAAGAGAUGACGGAAAAUGCUUAUUAUCAUACUGAUGGAGGUUUGACAGAAGACAAGCUGUUAUUAAGUAACUGGGGACUUCCUGAGCCUGUGUUAAAACAGUACACAGAUAAGGGGAUCACCUCAAUGUUUUCCUGGCAAGCAGAAUGUCUGUGUUUACCCGGGGUUCUAGGGGGAGGUAACCUGGUAUAUUCGGCCCCGACCAGUGCUGGUAAAACAAUGGUGGCUGAACUCCUGGUUCUGAAGCGAGUCCUAGAAACAAAGAAGAAAGCCAUCUUUAUCUUACCUUUUGUGUCUGUGGCCAGAGAGAAGAUGGGAGUUACACUUAGUCUAAAUCUUUUUAUUGUUUGUUUACAGCAGUUGUUCCAGGAUGUGGGGGUGGUAGUGAGCGGGUUUAUGGGGAGUUACUCCCCUCCUGGGGGGCUUAGUCAGGUGGACAUAGCAGUGUGUACCAUAGAAAAAGGAAACGGACUGAUCAACAGACUGAUGGAGGAAAACAGCAUCAACAAGCUAGGUAUUAUAGUGGUGGACGAGUUACACCUUGUAGGAGACCAACACAGGGGCUACCUGUUAGAACUGAUGCUCACCAAGAUCCGAUUCCUCAGUCAGAAAAAGUUAACAAAAACAACCGACACUGAGGAUUCUGGCUGUACAGAAGGAGUCCAGAUUGUAGGUAUGAGUGCCACCUUACCUAACCUUGACCUUCUGUCUCACUGGCUGGACGCCACGCUCUACCGCACAGACUACCGCCCCGUACCUCUCACGGAGUGUGUCAAACUGGGGGCAGACAUCUUUGAUUCCAGUCUACAGAAAAUCAGAGAGGUGGAUCUGAGAGUGGUGUGUAAAGGGGAUACAGAUCAUGUGAUUCCAUUGUGCUUAGAAACAUUGGGUGGGGGACACUCAGUGCUUAUUUUCUGUCCGACAAAGAACUGGUGUGAGAAGUUGGCAGAGACCAUUGCCAGGGAGUUUUACAACAUUCUGAAGAAAGGUCCUGAGACAGACUGUACCUCCCCUCUACCCCUGAACAGACCCUCCCUGAUGGAGGUCAUAGAACAACUGAGGAGGACUCCUGUGGGGUUAGACUCUACCCUGGGGAAGACCGUGCCGUACGGGGUGGCCUAUCAUCACGCAGGUUUGACCUUUGAUGAGAGAGACAUUUUAGAGGGGGCCUUCAGACAGGGGUCAGUUAAGGUCCUGGUAGCUACCUCCACCCUGUCCUCCGGGGUCAAUCUUCCUGCCCGCCGUGUUAUCAUCAGGACCCCGAUCUUCCACGGCAAAACCAUAGACUUCCUGACUUACAAGCAGAUGAUUGGUCGAGCUGGAAGAAAGGGGGUGGAUACACAGGGUGAGAGUAUCCUGAUCUGUAAGCCCAGUGAGAGAAGUAAAGCCGUGACCUUAGUACAGUCUGAACUGCCACCUGUCAGGAGUUGCCUGAUCAAACACCAAGGGAAACAACUCAGUUCUAGCAUGAAAAGAGCCAUAUUAGAGAUAGUUGUCAGUGGUGUGGCAGUGUCUGUGACAGAUGUGGCGGCCUAUGCCUCCUGUACUAUGUUAGUGGCGUCCCUGGAGACCAGCUCUGACCAGACACAGGACAUGAUUGAUGCCUGUAUACAGUUCCUUCAGGACAACGAGUUUGUGUCUCUUCAGAAAUCUUAAACAGAAGAUGGUACUACAACAGAGGAUCGGUUUGUUCCCACUCAGCUCGGUGCAGCUGUACUAGCCUCAAGUCUUUCUCCAGAUGAAGGUCUGACUGUGUUUGCUGAACUACAGAAAGCUAGACAGUGUUUUGUUCUAGAGAAUGAGCUACACAUUGUCUAUCUAGUGAGUAAUGUGUUAGACAGUGUUUUGUUCUAGAGAAUGAGCUACACAUAGUCUAUCUAGUGAGUAAUGUGUUAGACAG